AUGGUCUCCGUCUCAGCAUCGACAUCAUCUCUAGCGCGUCAGGUCGGAGGACUGCUCCUCUCUUCCUCCCGCACCGCUGCAGUCGCAACACCACGGAUCGCAUCGACCAGCCGCCUCACCAUCGUCCGCCAUUCCCACGUAGGAUCAGCCCCACUGGACCUCCCCGCCUCAACCUCGGUCUCCAUCCUCCCUUUUCCCCCACACCCAAACCCAUCCCGUCCUCUGCCGCCAUCACUUCGCCAUGCCCGUUCGAUCCUCGUCACCGGUCCUAAAGGCUCAGUCGUCGUGCCCCUCCAUUCCUGCAUCCAACUCUCUCAAUCCGACUCAGUCAUCUCUCUCUCCGUUAAAGACAGUUCCCAAAAUAAACAACGUGGCACUUGGGGCCUCACUCGAUCGCUCCUGUCCAACGCUCUACACGGCGUAACAGAGGGGCAUACUCUCUCUCUCCUGCUCGUUGGAGUCGGUUAUAGGGUCAGUCUUGAAGCUGACCCGCUUCCAAGGCGGUCCAAGUUAGAUGUUGCCCUAAGUGGGGCCAAGAGCUUCUUUUUGUCCGAAGAGGCCAAAAGGGCCGAGAUCGAAAGGGAAGAAAAGCUCAGGGCCGAGGCAGAGAAGGCGGGCAAUGUAAGAUUGCAUAUUAGAUUGGGAUACAGUCAUCCCGUUCUUUUGCCAGUACCAUGGGGGAUCCAAGUGCAGAUCCCUCAACCCAAUAGAAUCGUACUAAAGGGUGCCGAUAAAGAGCAGUUGGGGCUUUUUGCUAGUCAGAUUAAAAGUUGGAGGAAACCCGAACCGUACAAGGGCAAAGGGAUCUUUGUUAAUCAAGAGACGAUUCGGUUGAAGACUGCCAAGAAGAAGUAG